CUUCGAAACAUAACCUAAAAACCGCUUUCCUAACCUAAACAUCAAAACUCUUCUAAAAUGUUUAAAUUCUCAACAUUUUACAAAAGUUUUAUUAUCAAUUAAAAACAAGUUCCCAACAACAUUCCUUUUUAAUAUAAGGAAGAAAAAAAAAUGUUUUUUCUACGAUUCACGCGAAUUCCAACCGGUAUUCGAUCAUGUCUACUCCAAAAUCGAAAACAAAAUAGUGCAGCACAAAUUGCACCUGCAUCAGAGAAGGAAUUAAUAAAUCAUGUAGCUGACGAUGUGGAAUAUCCAGAAAUUCUCGAUUUAUCAUAUCCUGCGAGGCAUAUAAGAAAUUAUGAGAAAAUCGGUGAAUUUAUAAAGAGGCAAAAAACAGUUGAAGAAAAAGCAAUUGCAAUUAAUAUGCCGAGAUAUUAUGGUUUUACUGUUGUUAAAAUGUUUGAGCACAUUGUUCAUUAUAAUUCAUUGGAGCAGACACAAUUUUUAACGAGAACACAUAUUAUGCCAACAAAUGGUUUACCAUCAUUUUAUAAUGAUUUAAUAAGUACCGAGGAAUUGGAUAAAAUUGUUGGCAAUAUUAGAAGUCAAAUUGAAGAUGUUUUAGUUCUUGAGUAUGCGAAAAGAAACAUCAAAAAAGAAUUACCAGCAGACGUUGUAUCAGAUCAGGAGGAACUUCAAAAAAUACAAACAAAAGCAAUUAUUCGUCAAAUAAAUAGAAUUCUAUUUAUCGAAUUAUCCAGGAAAUAUCCACAUUUACUGGAAACGGAAGUUGACAUUGAUCCACGUCUCGAGGCUUUCUGGACUGUUGGUGGAAUGGAUCCUCCAAAAUCAAUAGUGUAUAAAAAGCGAAAAUCACGUUUACUAAAAGACUAUGCCGAGGAUCCAAUCGAUCGUUAUUUUCAGUAUUUUGGUGAGCCCUGUCUUCAAUUGCGACACGCUCUACCUCUAAGAGAAAUGAUUCCUCAUUCAGAAACGGAAAAUCCAGAUUACAUUGUUCCUGAAUAUAAAUACGAUCCUUUAACUGUUGGCUAUCAACAAGGUAUAAGACACGGGACAAAUAUUCCCGGUUUUUGGCCUGGUGAUAAAAAUGAAUUUGGUCUUUUGUCCUAUCAUCAUUGUAAUUAUAUGACAAAUAGGCCGAGAGAUUAUGAUGAUGAGGAAAUUGCAUUGAAAACACAAGCGAUUAGAGCUUGUUAUGCAUGGCUUCAUACGCAGGCCAAUUAUCAAGGCUUCUCAACCUAUAAUGAUGUGACUUAUCCGCUAUUGACCCAAAAUGUGAUCCUUAACGGACAAUGGUGGUUCUUUAGUGUCUAUCAAUUGAACACGACUUUGUUCAGCAAUCAUCACAUAGACGAUAAUCCGAAGAGAAAUCUCUAUUGGACAACUGGUCCAAUGCAGUUAUUCGAAAAAAUCGAGGACAAUAAAGUACAUGGUCUAAAUGAUGAGGUGUUGAAGAAUUUAAUAAAAAUGUACAUAAAUGAACCACAACAGCGAGACGUCGAAAUGAAACCCUAUUUAGGUUUGGACGAAAAAGUUGUCGCCGAUAUUCAAGAUGAUGAAAAAAGAAAAUGGCUCGAGGAACUGUACAAGAAAAUCAUGUCUUGCAGAGGGAGAUACCUAACUAUGCCGGAAAUCUUCCAUUGGCAGGAAAUCUACAUGAGAAAAUUUAAACAAAGACCAAUGGAAAAGAAAUUACAACCUUGGCAAAACCGUAUAAAUAUUUUGCUACGAAAAAUGGACGACCAUCCACCCAGAUAUCUUCCAAAGGCUUUAAGACCCCAUCCGAGGAGUAAAGCUAAAUUUCAAAAAACUUUCUAUCCACAGUAAUUGUUUGGUACGUAUUGAGGUGAAUUUAAAAUAUUCGAAUAACAAUUGUGUAAAUAAGUGAUUAUUAGAUUUUUUUUUUUGCAAAAAUGUCAUUUAAUAAAUAAAUUAUCUAAAUAA